ACACACGGCACAAGAUGGCCGGGGAAGCAGCCGCUGCCGCCGCCCGGCUCCCGAGCGCUUUCCUCGCCGCUCGGAACGGGGGGGUCCGACGGGCGCUCCGGGUGCCGGGCUCGGCGGCCACGUUGGGCCCGGCGCUGAGGGGGCUCUGGGGGCGACGGAGCGCGGCCAGGAGAGCUGCCGAAGGGCUGCGACGGGCGAAGGGCAAUGGCGCCGGGCUGCCGAGCCCUGCCCGAACCUCGCCCUCGGCGGGCGGGCGCGGAGCCGUCCCCCGGGCGCCGGCAGGGCGAGGAGGGCAGCGGCGUCCCGUCCUCGGGGCCCUCGUCGGCUGGCAGCGGGCUGCAGUCGCCGGUAGAAUUCCAUGAACAAUACCUUAUUUCCUGAAUGGCUUCCAGAAGAAUCGUUGGUACUUAUAUUCUUAGAGGCUAUUAAUGGAUACGGAGGACUCAGAUGGCUGGUCAAGUGAAAAGCCUUGAUCAGAAUUCAGAGCUGUGUGUACCAGAUGUGUUGAGGAAAUGAUUUACUGUAAGCAAAAUAACUGCUCUUGGUUGAAGCACUGUAAAUACCUGGGCACAGGACUUCAAAGCAAGCAGACAUCCCUGACCCCCUCUUAUUAUUUAAGAAUAAAAAGAUGAUGAGAAAUAAGGACAAAAGCCAAGGAGAGGAGGGUUCAGUCCACAGCAAUGCAUCGAGUCACUCGGCAUCCGAAGAAGCCUCUGGCUCUGACUCUGCAAGCCAGUCUGAGAGCGAGCAGGGCAGCGAGCAGGGCAGCGAGUCUAACAGCAGCUCCGAGUCCUCUGAAAGUCAGUCUGAAUCCGAAAGUGAAUCAACGGGUUCGAAAUCCCAGCAGACCCCUCCUGAAACCAAAGAAAAACCAGCCUCUAAGAAGGAAAGGAUAGCAGAUGUUAAAAAGAUGUGGGAAGAAUAUCCUGAUGUUUAUGGGGUUAGGAGGUCAAACCGAAGCAGACAAGAACCGUCGAGAUUUAAUAUAAAAGAUGAGGCAAGUAGCGAAUCUGAAAACGAGAGCCCAAAAAGAAGAGGCCAGAAGCAAGUGAAAAGAAAAAAAAAGUGGAAAAGAGAGAUUUCUGGUGAAGAAGAGGAUGAAGAUGGAGGGGAUCAAGGCACAAGUGCAGAGAGCGAGCCUGAACCGAAGAGAAUUAAAGCAAAAAGGCCAGUCCAAAGGAGAACAAUGGCCAAAACCAGUGUUAAAAAACCUCCCAAACUCCAGCGUGGGAAGAAGAGAAAGAGACAGGUGUCAUCUGAGGAUGACGACGACGAUGAAGAUGGUGAAACUCCUAAGAGACAAACUCGACGGAGAGCAGCCAAAAAUGUCAGUUACAAGGAAGAUGACGAUUUUGAGACGGAUUCUGAUGACCUGAUAGAGAUGACUGGGGAAGGGGCUGACGAACAUGAAGACAACAGUGAAACUAUUGAAAAAGUCUUGGACAUCAGGCUUGGAAAAAAAGGAGCCACUGGUGCUUCCACCACAGUGUAUGCAACUGAAGCCAAUGGCAACCCCAGUGCUGACUUUGACCCCGAAAAGGAUGAGGGAGAGGUUCAUUACCUGAUCAAGUGGAAAGGCUGGUCGUACAUCCACAGCACGUGGGAGAGUGAGGAGUCCCUGCAACAGCAGAAAGUGAAGGGCCUGAAAAAACUAGAAAACUUCAAGAAAAAGGAGGAGGAGAUCAAGCAAUGGCUGGCCAAAGUAUCGCCUGAAGAUGUGGAAUAUUUCAACUGCCAACAGGAGCUGGCUUCAGAGCUGAACAAACAGUAUCAAAUCGUGGAGAGAGUAAUUGCUGUGAAGACCAGCAAGUCUGCGGCGGGGCAUGCUGACUUCCCAGCAAACAGUCGCAAAACGUCCUCGAAUGACCCCGAAUACCUGUGCAAGUGGAUGGGACUGCCCUAUGCAGAGUGCAGCUGGGAAGAUGAAGCUCUGAUAAGCAAGAAAUUUCAGCACUGCAUUGACAGCUUCAACAACCGUAACAACUCCAAGACAAUUCCUACCCGGGACUGCAAGGUAUUGAAGCAGAGACCAAGAUUUGUUGCCUUGAAGAAACAGCCUUCUUAUAUUGGCAGUGAGAACUUGGAGCUGCGAGAUUACCAGCUGGAAGGCCUCAACUGGCUCGCUCACUCGUGGUGCAAGAACAACAGUGUGAUCCUGGCUGAUGAAAUGGGCCUGGGGAAGACGAUUCAGACAAUCUCAUUCCUGUCGUACCUCUUCCACCAGCACCAGCUGUACGGUCCUUUCCUGGUGGUGGUUCCUCUGUCGACUCUCACCUCGUGGCAGAGAGAGUUUGAAGUGUGGGCACCUGAGAUCAACGUGGUGGUUUACAUCGGUGACCUCAUGAGCAGGAACAUGAUACGUGAAUAUGAGUGGAUCCACUCUCAGUCUAAAAGGUUGAAAUUCAACGCACUUAUCACAACAUAUGAGAUCCUCCUCAAAGACAAGGCUGUUUUGGGAAGUAUUAGCUGGGCCUUUCUAGGCGUGGAUGAAGCCCAUCGUUUGAAAAAUGAUGACUCUUUGCUGUACAAAACAUUGAUUGACUUCAAGUCCAACCACAGGCUGCUGAUCACUGGCACUCCGCUUCAAAAUUCUCUCAAAGAGCUCUGGUCCCUGCUGCAUUUCAUCAUGCCUGAGAAGUUUGAGUUCUGGGAGGAUUUUGAAGAAGAUCAUGGGAAAGGUAGAGAGAAUGGCUACCAGAGCCUUCACAAAGUCCUGGAGCCGUUUCUCCUACGCAGAGUGAAGAAGGAUGUGGAGAAAUCUUUGCCAGCCAAAGUGGAGCAGAUCCUCCGUGUGGAAAUGUCUGCUUUGCAGAAGCAGUAUUACAAGUGGAUUUUGACAAGAAACUACAAGGCUCUUUCAAAGGGAACAAGAGGAAGCACAUCUGGUUUCCUAAACAUCGUGAUGGAGUUGAAGAAGUGCUGCAACCACUGCUACCUUAUCAAGCCUCCUGAGGAAAACGAGAGAGAGAAUGGCAUUGAGACCCUGCAGUCUCUGAUCAGGAGCAGUGGAAAGCUAAUCCUCUUGGACAAGCUGCUGACCAGGCUGCGGGACAGAGGCAACAGAGUCCUGAUCUUCUCCCAGAUGGUGAGGAUGCUGGACAUCUUGGCGGAGUACCUGACUAUCAAACACUAUCCUUUCCAGCGCUUGGACGGCUCAAUCAAAGGGGAGAUCCGAAAGCAGGCGCUGGACCACUUCAACGCCGACGGCUCUGAGGACUUCUGUUUCUUACUGUCAACACGAGCUGGAGGGCUGGGAAUUAAUUUGGCCUCUGCUGAUACUGUUGUUAUCUUUGAUUCGGACUGGAACCCCCAGAAUGAUCUUCAGGCUCAGGCUCGGGCUCACCGCAUUGGGCAAAAGAAGCAGGUGAAUAUUUACCGCCUGGUCACAAAGGGUACAGUUGAGGAGGAGAUCAUUGAGAGGGCCAAGAAGAAAAUGGUGCUGGAUCAUUUGGUGAUCCAGCGUAUGGACACCACCGGACGGACUGUUCUGGACAACAACUCUGGGCGAUCCAAUUCAAAUCCUUUCAACAAAGAAGAGCUGACAGCUAUUCUGAAGUUUGGAGCUGAAGAUCUCUUUAAGGAGCUUGAAGGGGAAGAGUCAGAGCCUCAGGAGAUGGACAUUGAUGAAAUUCUGCGUUUGGCUGAAACACGGGAGAAUGAAGUGUCCACCAGUGCCACCGAUGAGCUGCUCUCACAGUUCAAGGUGGCUAACUUUGCAACCAUGGAGGAGGAAGAGACAGAGCUGGACGAGCGGCCCCAGAAGGACUGGGACGAUAUCAUUCCAGAGGAGCAGAGGAAAAAAGUGGAGGAGGAAGAAAGGCAGAAGGAACUGGAGGAAAUCUACAUGCUGCCUCGCAUCCGGAGCUCGACGAAAAAGGCUCAAACGAAUGACAGUGAAUCGGAUGCAGAGACUAAGAGAAGGCUUCAGAGAUCAUCGGGGUCAGAAAGUGAGACUGAUGAUACCGAUGAUGAGAAGAGACCAAAGCGCCGUGGACGUCCCCGGAGUGUUAGAAAAGAUACUGUGGAAGGAUUUACUGAUGCUGAAAUCCGGAGGUUUAUCAAGGCUUACAAGAAGUUUGGACUGCCUCUUGAGCGGCUGGAGUGCAUUGCCAGGGAUGCUGAGCUGGUGGAUAAGUCUGUGGCUGAUCUGAAGCGUUUAGGGGAACUCAUCCACAACAGCUGUGUGUCAGCAAUGCAGGAAUACGAGGAGCAGCUGAAAGAAAACCCAGGUGAAACAGGGAAAGGACCUGGGAAAAGAAGAGGUCCUACCAUCAAGAUCUCUGGUGUCCAAGUGAACGUGAAAUCCAUCAUCCAGCAUGAAGAGGAGUUUGAGAUGCUGCAUAAAUCCAUCCCUGCAGACCCAGAGGAAAGGAAGAAGUACCGCCUGACGUGCCGUGUCAAAGCUGCCCAUUUUGAUGUAGACUGGGGAGUGGAGGAGGAUUCUCGCUUGUUAGUGGGGAUUUACGAGCACGGUUAUGGAAACUGGGAGCUAAUUAAAACAGAUCCGGAAUUGAAGUUAUCUGAUAAGAUCCUACCUGUUGAGACAGAUAAGAAACCUCAGGGAAAACAGCUCCAGACCCGAGUUGAUUAUCUACUGAAAUUGCUGAAGAAGGAUCUGGAGAAGAAAGAAAACAUGAAAGAUGGGGAAGAGGGCAAGCUAAAGAAGAGGAAACCACGAGUAAAGAAAGAGAACAAGGCUCCCAAAGUCAAAGAUGAGCAUGGGAAUGAACUCUCCCCUCCUCGGCACUCAGACAACCAGUCAGAAGAAGGUGAAGUCAAGGAUGAUGGCUUGGACAAGAGCCCAGUGAAAAAGAAACAGAAGAAGAAAGAGAACAAAGAGAACAAGGAGAAACAGACAAGCUCUAAGAAAGAAAAGGAAAGUGAUAAAGAGAAAAAGAAGACAAAAGAAAAGAAAGAGAAGCCUAAAGGUGGUGAAGCCAAAUCUGGAAGUAAAGGGAAGAGAUCACAAGGUCCCGUCCACAUUACAGCGGGGAGUGAACCAGUCCCUAUUGGAGAAGAUGAGGAUGAUGAUUUGGACCAAGAAACAUUCAGCAUAUGCAAGGAAAGGAUGAGACCAGUGAAAAAAGCACUGAAGCAACUUGAUAAGCCUGAUAAGGGACUGACGGUUCAAGAACAGCUGGAGCACACACGCAACUGCCUCCUGAAAAUUGGGGACCGCAUCUCUGAGUGCCUUAAAGCCUACACUGACCAGGAUCUUAUCAAGCUGUGGAGAAGGAACCUAUGGAUAUUUGUGUCAAAGUUCACAGAAUUUGAUGCCAGAAAACUGCACAAACUCUACAAGAUGGCUCAUAAGAAAAGAUCGCAGGAAGAGGAGGAGCAGAAAAAGAAGGAGGACAUGGCCAGCAUGCCCAGCAUGAAGAAGCCGUUCCGCCCAGAGCCUUCGGGCUCCAGCCGUGAUCCUGCCAUGUCCCAGUCUCACGUGCCUCACAAUCCUCAUUCCCAGAAGCUCCACAUGCCCCCUUCCCAUGCCCAGCAGCAGAUGCACGGGCACCCACGUGAAAGCUACGGCCAUCCCCCCAAGAGACACUUCAGCAACACAGACCGAGGAGAGUGGCAGCGAGAUCGAAAGUUCAGCUAUAGUGGCAACAGCAACCAGAUGUGGGGUGGGGAGCGGCACCACCAAUACGAGCAGCACUGGUACAAGGACCACCACUACGGGGACCGGCGAUCUCGUGGAGACCCCCACCGGAGCUCUGGGAACUACAGACCAAAUAACCUCUCCCGCAAGAGGCCGUACGAACAGUACAGCAGUGACCGCGACCACAGAGGCCACCGGGAUUAUUACGACAGGCACCACCACGACUCCAAGCGCCGACGAUCCGAUGAGUUCAGGCCUCAGAAUUACCACCAGCAGGAUUUCCGACGCAUGUCUGAUCACAGGCCGCCCAUGGGAUACCAUGGCCAGGGACCUUCGGACCACUACAGGUCCUUCCACACAGACAAACCGGGAGACUACAAACAGCCCCUUCCUCCACCUCACCCUUCCGUGUCGGACCCUCGCUCGCCCCCCUCUCAGAAAUCUCCUCAUGAUUCCAAGUCGCCUCUCGAUCACAGGUCACCUCUGGAUAGGUCGCUAGAACAGAAAAACAACCCAGACUAUAACUGGAACAUUAGGAAAACGUAAAGCGACUGAGAAGGGGGGGGGGAAACAUGUCUUGAAAGACUUGGAUGCAACAACCAGAAACUCUGAACAUGCUGCUAUCAUCUUGCUGGGUCAAGGAGGAUUUUGGAGGAGCAGGUGGAGGAAGACUCAGUUCUAAUUUGGGUUCCCAUUUUGUUUCCCCCCCUUUCUCUCGUUGAACAUUGGAACCAGACUUGCCUCGUUCUUUUUCUUUGGUUUAUUUUCCCCAAUCCAACGGACACGUGGAGAAUUUUCCUCAGCCACAGUGUUUCCCCAAAACCGAGAAGGCGGAUCAAUGCUGCUUAGGAUUGUGCCAGAAGGCUGUGUGCCUGCUCGGUCUUGAUGUUACAUGACAGAUGCUGCUCUGGGAUUGGGGAUAAACUGGUUGGGCUGGGCUUUGUGUGUAACCAGCAUAGGUCAAUGGAUGGUAUAUUCCAGGAGGGACAGGAGAGUCCCUCAGCAGCCAAGCUGUUGUUGUCACAAGGGCUUGGUUGAAAGAGGGACUCUGUGUCCCUACAGUGACUCCAAAGGAGUUGGAUCUAUGCUGGUGACAAUCCAUCACUUUUCUGGACUCGUUAUCAUUUCUCGUGUCUUUAUCCAUUUCAAGAAACUGGCUCUGCUCUGACUGCCAUUGUGUCCCCUGCCGCAGAAGAGCAGAGGGGGAUCCAGGGCUGGAACCAGCAAAUCUUGACUCUGGGAGACUCUGGGAUAUGUGAAAAUAGGCAGACUUCUGUAGCAAAGGCUUACUUCACUUCUAACAGGUAGGAAAGAAACUAGGGAGAGCAGUAUUUCCCUGUGGACAGGGCGCAGGAAUUCAGAACAAGACCCCUCUUCUCUCCUGACACGGGCAGCUUGGAUGUCCAGGAAUCAACACAGGUGCUGGCUGGGAGCUGUGAGUUACCAGGACAAGAGAUGGCUCUUGGCAUCUGGGGACCCCGAAGCUCCUAAUUCUGGGCAAGUCAUUUCUCUCUGUGCUUCACAAAAUGGCGAUCACAAACCUUUGCUACAACCAAAAGAUAAGAAGUGACAGCACAGAGCUGAAUGGCAGUGCUGUGGGCUGAUCUCUGCCUGGGAGUGGUCACACCUGUCACCUUUCUGCAGUUGGAGAUGUGCCUGUGGGCUUAGCACUUAAGUGAGGAGGAAGAAAAUGAGGAAUUCAGGACUUGGUACUUAAAAAUGCCUGGUGCAAAGGUCUUAGAGGCCCAGCGUGGCAGAGGGACAAGAGGGGUUUGCAGCCCAGCUCAGCGGGCUUCAGAUCAAACAUUCCUCCAAGUGUUGGGGUCAUUGCAAAUGACACAGAACAGUGUCCAGCCAGCGGUGCGGGGAGUGCCUCUGCACAGGUUGCUGGUCAGAAGUCAGCAUGGUCUUUGUCAGUAGGACUGCAUCCCUGCAAAGAGCAAAGCUCUCCCAACAGCCAGGCUGCCCAGAGUCUGCUGUCCGCGGAUGCUUCGUCUCCUAGAGUUCAGUAUUAAAGAUCGGGCCGUUCCAGGCUGCUCUUCUUGGUGGGGGGGGCAGAAGUUGAGGCUCUCUUAAGAUGCCAGUAUAUGACCUUAAUAAGCUGUGAUGUCCUUUCCCUGAUCGUCCGAGGGGUGCUGAGGGCUGGCCUUCCUGCUUCCAGGCGCUUUGGGAAGCGCACACGAAUCAACACUAACAACCCCCACGUCUCCCCUCUGCGCGGUGCCGGAGGCGUUGAGGCAACGCGUUACCGCUGCCUUUCUCACUAAGCUGUGAUUGCACUUGCUGUGGUAUUCAACAAAGAGGUCCUUUCUUUUCAGAGGUAUUAGCUUGUAAAGUAAAAUGGGAAGAAACCCUCACAGGGGCAAAGAGAAAUCGCUCUUUUGGUUCACAUUCACACAGUGGUGCUAUCGGGAUGGAAAGUUCGUGCCAUACAAGUCGUAGCAAGAGGCAGUACUGGCCAGACCAGUGUUACGGUUGGUGCAGGAUACAAACUCCAGCAAGAGGCACUUCUGUGCCCAUGCACGAGGGGUUCUGCUUGUCCCACGUUCCAAGCGUGAGGUGGUUUGGGGUUUCUUUCUUGAAACCAGUGCAACAGUAAAAGCUUUGCCCGUAGCCGGCAAAGAGUGGUCCCCACUGUCACACUGGUUUGCCACUGAACAGUCACCUGGGUUUGCUCACUCACAAUGGAUGGCUCUUCACUGGACUGCACAUUCACGGGGCUGGAAAUCUGCAGGGAAAGUCUUCCCAGGUGCGCGUGCACACAUUUUAUCCCCUCAGAAUAGGGACCAGACACAGUCACUUGGUGUGAAUGGCGUUGGAGGGGACGGAUCCACAGCCAUCAGCAUCACUGCGGUGUCUGUGUCAGCAUCUGGUACAGCUCUUCCUUCUGAGCCAGCCGUGGGCUUUCCUCUCUCCUCUUCGCAGGAAAAAGUAGCAAUGUGUUGGGUUUGUUUGUUCAUUUGCGUUUGUUGGUUCAUUCCUCCCUUCAUUUGUUUGUCUCUUUAAGAACGUUUUUCAGCCUGAGCCCUUGGAAGUGCUGUGAGUUCAGUCCGUGGACGUCCUGCAGAGCAGACAGGCGGUGCCCAACCGAGGCGGCUCUCUGAGGUCCCUCAGUGAACAGUUUAAGUGACCCCCACACAAACACUUCUCUGCUUUCACUCAUGUCCUCCCCACCUCCGCCUCCCUCCAGGGAGAGAAGGACUCUUACUGUAAAAGUCUUUUAAACCUGUUGACUAAAAGAACAGUAAUUAAUAUUAAUUUAUAUUUGUGGAAAAAAAAAAAAAAAUGCCACUGUCCUAGUGAUUUCUGAUGUAAAUAUGUUGUUUAUAUAGUAUGUAUUAAAUUUUCCUACAUUGUAAAACUGCUGUACUUUUGAUUCUUGUAUAUUAAAAAGUGUUCCUGAGGUUUUCA